AUGGCGACGGAACAGAAGAUCCUCCCUGUAAAGGGUCAGAGGAAUAUCCUCAUCACAAGUGCGCUGCCCUACGUAAACAACGUCCCCCAUCUAGGCAACAUUGUCGGCUCUGUGCUCAGCGCAGAUGUAUACCAGAAAGCAUGCGGCAGACCUACGCUAUUCGUGUGCGGAACCGACGAAUACGGUACAGCAACGGAAACCAAGGCGCUGGAGGAGGGCGUGACCCCCGAAGAGCUCUGCGCAAAAUACAACAAAAUCCACCAAGACGUCUACGAGUGGUUCGAGAUCGGCUUUGAUAUCUUCGGCCGCACCCCAACGGCCCAACAUACACAAAUCUCCCAGAACAUUUUCAAGCGGUUACACGAGAACGGGUUCCUGGAAGAGAAAACGGCCGAACAGCCCUUCUGCGAGAAACAUGACUCGUUCCUGGCAGAUCGCUAUGUCGAGGGCGAAUGCCCUCGUUGCGGCUACGAUGAUGCGAGAGGAGACCAAUGCGAUAAAUGCGGACACCUGCUGGAUCCCUUUGACCUGAAGAAUCCGCGCUGCAAGCUCGACGGCGCCACUCCCGUCCGCAGACCUACGAAGCACAUUCACCUCCUGCUCGAUAAGCUGCAGCCGGAAAUCGAGGAAUGGGUUCACCCUGCCAUCGAGAAGGGAAAUUGGCCCAAGAAUAGCCGCGUGAUCACCGAGUCGUGGCUAAAGGAGGGUUUGAAGGAUCGUGGCAUCACCCGAGAUCUAAAAUGGGGUGUCCCCGUCCCCCUUGACGGCUACGAGAAGAAGGUCCUCUACGUCUGGUUCGAAGCAUGCAUCGGAUACCCCUCCAUAACCGCAAACUACACUCCUGACUGGGAGCUCUGGUGGCGAGAUCCGGACAAUGUCCAGCUAUACCAAUUCCUGGGCAAGGAUAACGUGCCUUUCCACAGCGUCAUCUUCCCUGGCACGCAGAUCGGGACCCGAGAUAAAUGGACCAAGCUCUACCACCUCAGCACAACAGAAUACCUAAACUACGAAAAUGGCAAGUUUAGCAAGUCCCGCGGCAUCGGCGUCUUCGGCAACAACGCAAAGGACACAGGCAUCCCCCCGGACGUCUGGCGCUACUACUUGUUGAAAAACCGCCCAGAGACAGGCGACACACAGUUCGAAUGGCGCUCUUUCGUCGACGCCAACAACGGAGAACUCCUCGCCAAGCUCGGAAACCUCGUCAACCGCAUGGUGAAGCUAAUCGCAAGCCCGAAGGCUUACAGCUCCGUCGUCCCGGAGUUCACAGUCACGGAGCAAUUCGAGCCAGCCUUGGAAGAAAUCACAGCGCUCCUGCGCCAGUACAUCAGCGAGAUGGAAAGCGUGCAUCUGCGCGCCGGCCUCGUGACAGCGAUGAAGAUCGUCGAGGUCGGCAACGGCCUUAUUCAGGCUAACAAGCUGGAUAACUCGUUGAUAGCCACCGAGCCCGAACGCGCAGCCACCGUCGUCGGCAUCGUCGUUAACCUCAUCUACCUCAUCUCCAGCAUCUUCAGCCCGUACCUGCCCGCCACAUCAGCGUCGAUACUCGCGCAGCUCAACGUGCCAUUCCGGAAUAUUCCUUCCCUAGACGAGCUGAAGGAGGUAGGGUGGAGAGCAGACCUGAUUAAGCCGGGGCAUAAGAUCGGGAAGGCGAAGUACUUGUUUUCGCAGAUCGAUCCGAAGAAGGCGGAUGAGUGGCGGGAGAUGUUUGGGGGGUCGCAGGCGGAGAGGCUGAAGAAGGAGGAGGAGGCGGCAAAGGCGCUGGCGAAGAAGGCGGGUACUAAGGCUAAGAAGAAGGAGAAGAAGGGGAAGAAGUUGAAGGGGGGGGCGGAGGGGGGGGCGGAGGGGGCUAAAGAUGGUGGUGGGGAGGCUGCUAAGGUUGCCAACGGGGUGGGAGGAGAGGCCGAGGUGGCUGUGGAGAAGUUGGCGGAUGGGGUAGCUCGGGCUACUAUUUCUAGCUCUUGA